AUGCCCUUGCGGUCAAUACUAGGCGGCGGCCGAGUAAAAAAGCCAAAACCAAAGCCGAAGCCAUCAGCUUCGCCACGGAAGAACAGCGGGACAAGUAGUAAUAGCCCCCGCAAGUCCGCCGGCGGCAGCAGCAGCAGCACCAACAAAAAGAAGACCACCGCCACCCCAUCAGACGUCCAAGAUGACAACGGCUACUACGACGACAACGACGACGACUUUUUCCACGACAGGCUCGACGACGCAGGGCUCGUCGCGGCGCUGGCGACGGACAUGUCGCUGCGCGACGUCGUCCAGGCCGUCAAGUACACCCGCACCCGCAUGUUCGGCCCCGUCCCCACGGAGGCGGCCGGCAUGAACUCCACGCGCAUCGCCGAGGUGCUCAAUUACCGCAGAGCCAUGCCGGGCAUAGUGACAACAUCGCACCUCCAUGCGCUCCUCGCCUCUCCAACGGCAGUGGAGCGCGAGGUCGCAGAGUUGCAGCGCGGCGGAGCGCUUCGCAAGAUUUACGUGCAACGUCGCGGCGGCCUGGGCGAGGCCCUCAUCCAGACGUCUGAACUGGAGGACAUGAUUGCCAAAUCGGCCAAGUUAGACCAAGACGCAAAGACCGCCUAUGUGAAGUUCCUACGGGAGAAUCCCCUGGCGCAAACGAUGCCGCGCCUGGCCUGUGGCGGCCACAAACAGGCCGACGCCCUGGUGCGGGCCGGGUUCCUGACAUCCAGCAUACAUCCGCAGCACGUAAACACACCUUUGAUGAACUUACAUCUGCGCCCGGAGGACCGCGGUAGCCUGAUGAGCAUCCAGGCCGUCUCCCGCGCAGCGUCCGGAAGCUUCGACGCCGUGGGCGGGCAAGGAGGAAUACACGCCGCGGGUGGUGGGGGAGGGGCGCCGCGUCUAUCCCGCGGCGGCGGCGCCGCCGACGCGUCAUCAUCAUAUUCGGGGGCCGAAUUCACCAUCGCGGUGCCCGGGAACGGGUCGUUUCUAAAACUGACCGCCGCCGCCGUGGAGCACCUCACCCAGCUCCUGGCCAAGUCGCAAUUUAGGGAGAUGCCCGUGUCUAUGCUCCGGGAGCGGUGGGAGGGUGGCGUAGCCCGUGACGAGGCACGCCUCGCAAGGAAGGCCAGGGGAGAAUUCGCCGGCGUGCUGCCGGGGCGGACCAAACGAUGGAAGGAGUUUUACGGUUUGGAGUUCAACUGGGUGUUGGAGGAGGCCAUGGGCGCCGGUCUUGUGGAAGUCUUUGAGACACGGAGCGUAGGUAGGGGAGUCCGCCUGCUGUGAUACAGGUGAUCGUGAGACUCCCGGAGUCCGUGUACGCCGUGUACGGUUGUCUUGCGCAGCGGGGGAAAGGUUUUAAGCUUGAUACCGUGGAAAUCCCAAAUGUUCUUCGACCAGUCGCCAGAGGCCCAAUGUUGGGAAAACGACGUCGAUGUAACCUGCCUCUUGACAACCUGCCGUGUCGCUUAGCGCCCUCACGUCGACUUGACUGGGAUGCCAUGACCGCCUCCUGGCAUGUUCGUCCGAGUGUCGUUUCUCUGAAAAUUCUUAGAUAAGGAAAACAAAAAACCCAUAGAGAUGGAGCUUUUGUGGUACGUAUAAGAUACUUCGAUCGAGUCAGUUGCCAUUAGUUACUGCUAAGAGCAUCUCUUUCGUAAUUUAAGAAGAGAAAUACUUCCCUACUCUCGAAAUACAUCAUUGAACC